CAAUCAAAAUAAUGUUGUCGUUUAAAAGGGUGAUUGCAGCCGUCUCUUCGACAGCAUGUCCGGCUGGACUUUAUUUCAGAGGCUCGAGGGAGAAACGUCUAGUUCAAUGCCAGCAAGGUAAGGUUGAAUGCAUCAAAUUGAGAAAAUGGGCGACAGAAACGAUAGAGUCCCCAUGAUGACGCGCAGAACAAGGAGAACUACCAUCUGCGCUACGCCAGCGGCUGCCGAUUCUAAACAAGCCAACCGUAGUAAGCAGGGCAGCGCAGGGGAAAAAAUGUCAAGCCAUCCGAGCCACAGCAACGGGAAAGUGAAGGAGGAAAAACCCGUGCACGAGCCGGUCACUACACCACGCAAAGAGAGGAGCAAAACCAGCGAAAGAUUUAGGUAAGACAUAACGCAAGGCUUUUUGUGAGCGCAGCUCACAAACAUGUCUUCAAUUUCUAGCUGUCACUCAUCUUUUGUCAGAAUAAAAUGUUUGUCAUUUUAGCAAACGCUGUUAUCCAGAACAACUUACAGGAGCAAUUGGGGUUAAGUGCUUUGCUCAAGGGCACAUCGACAGAUUUUUCAACUAGUUGGCUCAGGAUUUCGAACCAGCAACCUUUCGGUUACUGACCCAAUGCUCUCAACCGCAAAGCUAACGUUAACUGCCGCCCUAAAAUGUUUGCUAAGCUUUAGGUGCAGGUUACUCAUAAUACAAGCUACAGGUGCCUCAUAAUAUGGGUCCGAAGGACAAAUCUGCCAUAAAUUCACUUACAUCAUGUAUGAUCUCUUUGCUAACAUGUUUGAGAGAAAUCUAGGCCAAAUGUCCAUAGGCUACCUUUUCAGAUCAGGUAACUAGUUAUGCUGCAGUGAAUUUAAAUGUGCUACUCCAGUGCAACUGUGGCUGUACACUAUUCAGUGAUCCUCAAGCCUGGGCUUGUUUUGUGUAGGCAUAUCACUUCCACUGCUAGGUGUCACCUGGUUUCGCAAUACCAAACACCCCCUUUACUAACAACCCCCUUUACUCCAGUUUUCACAACCAGUGUCCAAGUCUUUUGGGAAUUUCUGAAGUCCUAACGAAGUUUACAACCCCAAAGCACAAAGUUCAUUUCCCAAAACACUCUGGAUAUUGCAAUCUCAGAUAUAGGCCUACCGCCAGGAAAUGUCUGUGACAAAUGAUGCAAUGAAUUCGGAACAUUAUAAUUUCCCCCCUAAGCAUUGGCAAUCCUAUGAUCAACUAUAUGAUCACCGUAGACCUGUUUUUAGCCUCUUUUAAGAUAAUAUAUAUUUUAUUAGUACAUUCGUGGUGUCUUCUGCUUUAACUAGGCAAGUCAGUUAAGAACAAAUUCUUAUUUACAAUGACGGCCUACCCCGGCCAAACCCGGAUGAUGCUGGGCCAUUUGUGUAGUGCCCAAUGAGCAGUUUUUAUUUUUAUUGAACUGAAGUUGAUUAGUUGUAUCUAAUACUGUAUAUCCUUAUUACUGUCUCUUCAGCUGUCAUGUCCUCCAGGAGUCCCUGCUCAGCUCAGCCAGUGGUUACAGUAACUAUAGAGGCAUCCUCAACUGGUGUGUGGUCAUGCUGGUAAGUGCUACCCUGCCUUAUUUUUUGUAAGAUUUUAUUUGAUAAACAAUACAAAACAUAUAUGCAUACAAAGACAUUUUACAUUACAUUUACAUUUUAGUCAUUUAGCAGACACUCUUACCCAGAGCGACUUACAGUUAGUGAGUGCAUACUUUUUUAUUUAAAAAAAUCAUACUGGCCCCCUGUGGGAAACGAACCCACAACCCUGGCGUUGCAAACGCCAUGCUUUACCAAGAUUACAUCUAUUGUUGAGCUGGAACAAUCAAUAGUCAACACAGCAGGUUGUCCUAUCCCAUUGAGGCCGUUGUCCUAUGCUGUAAUGUCCACACUUUCCCUCCUUAUGAAUAAAGUUCUCAACAAAUUAUCAUUGGGUUAUUAUAUGAUAACCACUGGAGUUUUUUUGGACAAUCAUGUCCUCCAGGCUUUAUGGACGUUGUAUCAUACAAUUUGCGUCUCCCCUUUUCAUGGUCACGGCAAGAAGGGGAUACAGCUUUUGUCAAAUUAAUGUAAUAUUGGACAUUUCGUAGCAGAUUAGGAGAAUUAACGUAGCAGGUUAAGAAAAGGGUUAGGGUUAGCUAAAAUGCAAAAAAAAACAUAACUUCACGUUAAUUAACAAUUGGUUGCGUUCAAGACAAGGUCAUUUUUAUUGAUCUGUUGUCAGUGUCGGUAUAGUAGGCCUAGGCUACCAUCGUAUUAAAGAUUCUGCUAAUGUCUGCAGUCAUACAGUGAGGGGAAAAAGUAUUUGAUCCCCUGCUGAUUUUGUACGUUUGCCCACUGACAAAGAAAUGAUCAGUCUAUAAUUUUAAUGGUAGGUUCAUUUGAACAGUGAGAGACAGAAUAACAACAAAAAAAUCCAGAAAAACGCAUGUCAAAAAUGUUAUAAAUUGAUUUGUAUUUUAAUGAGGGAAAUAAGUAUUUGACCCCCUCUCAAUCAGAAAGAUUUCUGGCUCCCAGGUGUCUUUUAUACAGGUAACGAGCUGAGAUUAGAAGCACACUCUUAAAGGGAUUGCUCCUAAUCUCAGUUUGUUACCUGUAUAAAAGACACCUGUCCACAGAAGCAAUCAAUCAAUCAGAUUCCAAACUCUCCACCAUGGCCAAGACCAAAGGGCUCUCCAAGGAUGUCAGGGACAAGAUUGUAGACCUACACAAGGCUGGAAUGGGCUACAAGACCAUCGCCAAGCAGCUUGGUGAGAAGGUGACAACAGUUGGUGCGAUUAUUCGCAAAUGGAAGAAACACAAAAGAACUGUCAAUCUCCCUCAGCCUGGGGCUCCAUGCAAGAUCUCACCUCGUGGAGUUGCAAUGAUCAUGAGAACUGUGAGGAAUCAGCUCAGAACUACACGGGACGAUCUUGUCAAUGAUCUCAAGGCAGCUGGGACCAUAGUCACCAAGAAAACAAUUGGUAACACACUAUGCCGUGAAGGACUGAAGUCCUGCAGCGCCCGCAAGGUCCCCCUGCUCAAGAAAGCACAUAUACAGGGCCGUCUGAAGUUUGCCAAUGAACAUCUGAAUGAAUCAAAGGAGAACUGGGUGAAAGUGUUGUGGUCAGAUGAGAUCAAAAUGGAGCUCUUUGGCAUCAACUCAACUCGCCGUGUUUGGAGGAGGAGAAAUGCUGCCUAUGACCCCAAGAACACCAUCCCCACCGUCAAACAUGGAGGUGGAAACAUUAUGCUUUGGGGGUGUUUUUCUGCUAAGGGGACAGGACAACUUCACCGCAUCAAAGGGACGAUGGAUGGGGCCAUGUACCGUCAAAUCUUGGGUGAGAACCUCCUUCCCUCAGCCAGGGCAUUGAAAAUGGGUUGUGGAUGGGUAUUCCAGCAUGACAAUGACCCAAAACACACGGCCAAGGCAACAAAGGAGUGGCUCAAGAAGAAGCACAUUAAGGUCCUGGAGUGGCCUAGCCAGUCUCCAGAUCUUAAUCCCAUAGAAAAUAUGUGGAGGGAGCUGAAGGUUCGAGUUGCCAAACGUCAGCCUCGAAAACCUUAAUGACUUGGAGAAGAUCUGCAAAGAGGAGUGGGACAAAAUCCCUCCUGAGAUGUGUGCAAACCUGGUGGCCAACUAUAAGAAACAUCUGACCUCUGUGAUUGGCAACAAGGGUUUUGCCACCAAGUACUAAGUCAUGUUUUGCAGAGGUCAGAUGUUUCUUGUUUCUCAUUAAAAUGCAAAUCAAUUUAUAACAUUUCUGACAUGCGUUUUUCUGGAUUCUGUUGUUGUUAUUCUAUCUCUCACUGUUCAAAUAAACCUACCAUUAAAAUUAUAGACGGAUAAUUUUUUUGUCAGUUGGCAAACGUACAAAGUCAGCAGGGGAUCAAAUACUUUUUUCCCUCACUGUAUAAAGUGUAGUAGAAUUGCAUGAAAUGUUUAUCAAAGGCCACAUUUUUCCUGUGCAAAGGAAAUAAACGUCUCUAUGCCACAACGCGCUUAUUAAUAGCCUAAAUUAUCACUAUCCAAUCUCUCAUCACAUUAGGAAUAAUAGGCUUACAUUGGUGUGCAAAUGUGAUAGAGGCAUGCAAUCCUUUGUUAUAAAGGUGCAUUUUUAUGGUGAAAAAAGUGUUCCCCAAAAAACUUAACUCACGCGACACAUGCUAAUAGCUAGACUACAAGCUAAUUUUGGCUAACUUACUGUAGUGUUGUUGACACCUGGUUAGCGUAACCGCUAAACUAAACUCUAAAUCGAUCAGACUUGACUUACCAGUGAUGAAACGAUCCGAAUAAUUAAUGUGGCGGUCUUCCAACAUGGCUGCCAGGAGGCGUCGAACGCCAACUGCAAGCCCUCAAUUAGCCCAUACAAACGCAUUGAAUACCAAAUUCACUCAAUGGAACAACAGUAUCAAAAGGAAGUUUUAUGUCUCCUAUAUCUGAGAGAUAUAAGAAAGAUCAGGAAAUGUAUAGAUAUAUAUUUUAAUACAUGUAUUUAACCCCAUAUUUCUUUACAGUCUCCAUAUACACUAACGGUCAAACGUUUUAUGACACCUACUCAUUCAAGGCUUUUUCUUUAUUUUUACUAUUUUCUACAUUGUAAAAUAACAGUGAAGACAUAAAAACUAUGAAAUAACACAUAUGGAAUCAUGUAGUAACCAAAAAAGUGUUAAACAAAUCUAAAUCUAUUUGAGAUUCUUCAAAUAGCCACCCUUUGCCUUGAUGACAGCUUUGCACACUCUUGGCAUUCUCUCAACCAGCUUCCCCUGGAAUGCUUUUCCAACAGUCUUGAAGGAGUUCCCACAUGCUGAGCACUUGUUGGCUGCUUUUCCUUCACUCUGCGGUCCGACUCAUCCCAAACCAUCUCAAUUGGGUUGAGGUCGGGGGAUUGUGGAGGCCAGGUCAUCUGAUGCAGCACUCCAUCACUCUCCUUCUUGGUACAAUAGCCCUUACACAGCCUGGAGGUGUGUUGGGUCAUUGUCCUGUUGAAAAACCAAGCAAGUCUCUUCUUCUUAUUGGUGUCCUUUAGUAGUGGUUUCUUUGCAGCUAUUUGACCAUGAAGGCCUGAUUCACACAGUAUCCUUUGAACAGUUGAUGUUGAGAUGUGUCUGUUACUCUGUGAAGCAUUUAUUUGGGCUGCAAUUUCUGAGGCUGGUAACUCUAAUGAACUUAUCCUCUGCAGCAGAGGUAAGUCUGGGUCUUCCAUUCCUGUGGCGGUCCUCAUGAGAGGUUUCCUCAUAGCGCUUGAUGGUUUUUGCGACUGCACUUGAUGAAACGUUCAAAGUUCUUGAAAUCUUCCGUAUUGACUGACCUUCAUGUCUUAAAGUAAUGAUGGACUGUCGUUUCUCUUUGCUUAUUUGAGCUGUUCUUGCCAUAAUAUGGACUUGGUCUUUUACCAAAUAGGGUUAUCUUCUGUAUACCCCCCUACCUUGUCACAACACAACUGAUUGGCUCAAACGCAUUAAGAAGGCACACCUGUUAAUUUAAAUGCAUUCCAGGUGACAACCUCAUGAAGCUGGUUGAGAAAUCCAAGAGUGUGCAAAGCUGUCAUCAAGGCAAAGGGUGGCUAUUUGAAGAAUCUCAAAUAUAAAGUAUAUUAAGAUUUUUUAAACACUUUUUUUGGUUACUACAUGAUUCCAUGUGUGCUAUUUCAUAGUUUUGAUAUCUUCACUAUUAUUCUAAAAUGUAGAAAAUAGUAAAAAUAAAAACCCUGGAAUGAGAAGGUGUUCUAAAACUUUUGACCGGUAGUGUAUACUUCCAUUCAUGAUAAACCCCUUUCACAGAAUAAUUACCCGAUCUGAACAGUGUUUUAAAGACAGACAUUUGGAAGUAGGCCACUGAAAACACUGCAUUUUCAUCAAGUAUGUUGGUUGCUCUGUGAGCCAUCUCUCCACUGGAGUGUCAUUCUGGUCUUUGAUCUGUUUCUGCUAGAAGCCAGUUGCUGUAGGAGAGGUGCCCUUAGGAUAGACCCACAGAGAGAAUACAGUGAUGCAGCUGAGCAGCCAUAUUGGAGCCAUUGAAAUCAAUCUGCAGGAACCCACAUUGUCCUUUUAGAGUCUCGAACUCCGACUGCAAUUUGUAGAAUAUUGAAUACUCUUCUGUCAAUUACUUCUCUCCUGUCGAUGAGGAAAUCUGUGAAGACUCAACUCUGAUCAGCUUUGAGGAUGGAUGGAUAGUUGGUUCUGUCCAUCACAGUAGGCCAACAUUCCUUGCUUUCCUGCCAAUAGCUACAAUUUUAUUGAUAGGCAGAUGAUAUCAGUUUCUCUUGAGCUGUUGUCUACACAGUGAGAUUCAUGCGUAACCCAACGGUGUGGUAGAUGUCUUUCAGAGUGGUCUCUCAAUAGCAAUGGUAAACGUUGGCAUAUAUCUUAUCCACACUAACAAUCAAUCUCAAUUUAUGGUCAAUGCGCGAAUACAACAGGUUCGACAUUGCAGGAAUCUUAGCCCUCCACACUAUUUUAAACAAAAAAAGUAAGAAUAAAACAACAACAAAAAAAGUGUUGAGAAAAAAAAGAGCAGAAGUAAAAUAGUGACAGUAGGGAGGCUAUAUAUACAGUAAAAUAAAGUGACAGUAGGGAGGCUAUAUAUACAGGGGGGUACCGUUGCAGAGUCAAUGUGCGGGGGCACUGGCUAGUUGAGGUAGUUGAGGUAAUAUGUUCAUGUGGGUAGAGUUAAAGUGACUAUGCAUAAAUACUUAACAGAGUAGCAGCAGCGUAAAAAGGAUGGGGUGGGGGGGCAGUGCAAAUAGUCCGGGUAGCCAUGAUUAGCUGUUCAGGAGUCCUUAUGGCUUGGGGGUAGAAAGCUGUUGAGAAGUCUUUUGGACCUAGACUUGGCACUCCGGUACCCGCUUGCCGUGCGGUAGCAGAGAGAACAGUCUAUGACUAGGGUGGCUGGAGUCUUUGACAAUUUUGAGGGCCUUCCUGUGCACGGCAAACAAAACGAUAAUCAGUUUGAUAAGAGAAGGAACUUAUCCCUGGCCCCCUUAUAUUUUAUUAUGAGAGGAGUUUAAUAUGAACUAUGAAGAGACCUGGACUUUGGACGAGAGCCGACUCUUCUUGGUAAUGUCACACAGCUUGCCUCAUUCAACUGCAAAGGCCAGCCAAGUCGCUUGCUCGCUCGCUCGCUCACUCACUCACUCGCUCCCUCACACUGAAUCUCUCUCUCGCCGGAGGUCCAUAUUACCUAGGUUUAGCCUAAUGCAGUCUCUGAUGUUUGAUCAAUCAAGUUUGCACUGUUCAGAUAAACAAGGUUCAACUCAUUGACACAGUCUGCCUGGUAUGCUAGGCUGCUGGAAUUGUUUUAAUGGAGUGGGCAAUGGGCAUUCGCUGUCCUUGACUUUACCAGAGUUGCCAGAGCAUUCAUGACUCCUGUCAAGCAUUUGAUUUCUCAGUUGAUGUGUUACAGUUAAUUCUGUCCCCCAGGGUAAGGUCAAAUGAGGACACUGUCUGAGGAGAGAAUGUAUUAUUCCUCUGAGGAUAGACAUUUCCGUUUCUCCUUCAAAAGUGUGAAUGGAAGUUCAAGGGUAUUUUAUAAUUUUUCCGGCAGAACAUCCAAUAACACGCAUUUCUAACAUGAAAAUUAAUUAAAUUAAUAUGGACAGAAUCUUAUGUAUUCUACCUAAAAAUAAACACCCAAUUCUUUCUGUUUUGAAGAGAGACUGCAGGAAAAAUCUUGCCGUCGCCUUCAAAGCAUCUGAGAAAGAUAUGUUUAAUUUCCAAAGCCGUUAUUAAUCCAGUCUUUGAAACAUGAUCGCUAUGACAUCCAAACCGUUUUUCCCCGGGAAUCAUCCCUAAAUUCUUUGUACCCGGUAAUGAAUAAUUAUGAAACUCAAGUGGAAAGUUGCUGGCAAGAGGAUGUGAGCUAGAGAAGAAAUGUAACAGCUACAGCGGGUCCUCCGUGCAACAAUAUUUUACAUUGCUGGCUCAAGGAUAUUCUUCUGUCACUGUGAUGCCCAGCCAGUUCGAAAAGGUUGGUUCCUCUGCCCAUGCUGCUUAAUGUAGGCCUGACCAGAGCCUCCUAUUUCAAUAAAGGGCUCUGGUCCUAGGCUAUAUCUAUCUACAGUAUGUAGACUGUGUUUCAAUGGACCAUCAAUAUUUCAGUUUCUGCAUCUCACAGGUCAUGCAUGUUAGGCUAGGUAGCCAAAGGCUACAUGCAUAAUUGAUGUUAAGCUAUGUUUGUGUGCUUUAUGUUGAUAUUUUAAAGGGGCUCAAACAUACAGGUACCCCACAGCUAUCAUUAAUGUUUGGGAGAAAUGUGAGUAAUUUAGCAGUUCAAUUAUCUUUUUAAUUUAUGUUGCUCCUCAAAUUGAACAAGCCCCUCUGAAUAAUGUAUUAAAGAAGUUGCUGCUGCAGAAACUAACAACCUUUUACUGAAGCAGUCUGUCUGGUAUGCUGCUUGUAGGUUAUUGACUUAUGCUUUUCUUUUUUUAAUAUGGCAACAACCACAUGUCUAUUUUCAGUUUGGAACUCAGACAAAGUGUGCACGGCCCCACUAUCCAGGGCCAAGGUUUCAGGAACAGGGUUUACUCUGCUCUGUCAGUGUUCUGUCUCUGUGUGACUGUCACCUUUCGAUGAAUGUGAUACCACCAUUGAGUGACUGCUGUGAUAUAGUCUAUGGAUAGCCUGCUCACAUUUUAGUUUCAGUGAAACAGAAUGUGAGCUAUUGCGAGAUCAGUCUGGUUUCACAUGGCUAAUCUGGACCUGUUUUUGUAAACAGCUCAGGGAUGGGACUAGAGAAAUGUAACCACUCUCAAAUUCAUAGACAGAACAAUGGAUGCAAGGACUGACCACCCAUGAAUCAAAUGUAUAGUUUUAACCAUGUUUUGAGGCUAUACAGUGUUGGUUUACAAUUACAUUCUUUACAAACAAUAGAGUAAAACAAAUGUAUAUUUUUGGUUCUGAUGGAGUACGACAGUUGAGCUAAGUUCAAGAAGCAUUUAGAAGUUAUAUUCUUCAAGAAUCAAUGGGUGUGUAUAUACUGUAUAAUUAAUUUCUAAGUUCCAAAAUGGAUAUACAAAUCGCAGAAUGAACCUUUUUUUUAAUGGAAGUGCUAGCUAGCCUGUGUAGCCUAGCCAAUCUGUAGACCGGGUACAACGUUGCAUGGUGAGAAACAAGGACGAUAUGCCUAGAUAUUCCACCUGGAUUGAUCCCACAUCUCUUCCCGUUUUAGUUUUUGCUGUAAUACAGAAGCAAGCUAUGAACAUGUACUGUGUCAUGGGUUGGUCCCCAGGGUUAGGUUAUCUGUUGCCAGAAUAGAUGUUCUUAUCAGCCUUUAUAGCAUUGAGAUGAUUAACACUUAAACUGCCGGGCCUCGCUACCCUCCCCUUACUACGCCAAUGGGCAGACCUCUUGACCGCAACAUUCCCCCCCCCCCCAACAUUUUUUUAUUCAAAGAACACAAUAACAUUUUCAUUAGUUUGUUAGUGUAGACUAUCUGUUGGCGCGUGCUCAUGUGUGGAGCACAAAGGAACAGUGGUUAUUCUAGGAAAAUGUGAUAGUUUGAAAUGGAUUUAAUCUCUUCAAUUUUAAGUUAUUUGGCAAAGGUAAGUAUUUUGGAAACCUUAGAAUCUGCUCUUUCUGGUAGUAUAUACAUGUACUACAGAAAUCAGAAUGUCUUACCUGCAUGUGACUCAAGGAGGAUUAGGAAAAAGUAUUUUUUGUGAUAUUGAAAGUCAAACAACAUAUGUGUGUUAAAUAGACAUAUUUAGGAAAAUUCAAGGAUGAAGGGGGGCAUGACUUAAAAAAAUUGCGGAGAUAUUUUAAAUUACAAUUCAUAUGCAGUCAAAAUGACUGCCUCGGCGCUUCUAGUGUAUGGCUCCUAUCAACAGUAUGGCUCAUAUCAACAUGAGGCAGGAGACUGACCUGUGACCAGUCUGUGUUGGUAAUGAAUGACCACUGAUCAGUGUCUUUUCCUUCAUACAAUUUUGUUUGUUAACUCAACUUCUGUAUUGUACCUUUUUUAACGUGAACAAUCCCAUGUUACUUCCAGUUGAUAAAGUACAUUAUACACUGAUUGCGAAAUCUCUUCUGUUGCAGGUCUUGAGCAAUGCACGCCUUUUUCUGGAGAAUCUAAUAAAGUAAGUAUCUGCAGCUAUAGGCCCCCCAAAUAACUAAAACCCUUAGGCUAUGUCAACUUCAGGAUGGUCAGUUGUUCAUCACUGGGAUCCUAAGUGUAUCUUCCGUCACGACUGCAGAUCCAUUCAUUUUGACCACAGCUUCUUUUGUAAAACGCUCAUCACUAUUUACUUGUGAACAAAAGUAGUUUCCAUCAAUGUCUUCUUUCCCUCCUCUGAUAGAUAUGGGAUACUGGUGGACCCCAUUCAAGUGGUUUCACUGUUUUUAAAAGACCCAUAUAGCUGGCCUGCACCAUGCCUGGUCAUUGGUAUGUAGACUAAACCGCUCUCCUCUUUGGCAUGCUAACCGUACUAUUGUAAUUGUUGUACAUCUUCCCAAAUCUGUUUAUUUUAAUGUCUGGUUUUGGUUGCUUAGCAACCCAAGUCAUUAUACCCUCAUUAUACAACUGUUUUCCCAAGAAGUGGGGGCACAUUUUCUCAUUUUGGAACAAUAUUGUAGGAAUAUUACACUGCUGUCUUUUGUGGAGUACCCAAAUCUAAUGUGUUUAUUUUUCCUCAGUUUCGAACGUGUUCAUAAUGGCAGCUUUUUACACGGAGCGGAGGCUAUCAUUGGUGAGUGUCAUGCCAUAAUGUCUGGGAAUAAUGUGAAGGAUGUGCUGUGAAAUCUCACUAAUCUCUCUGUUGCUUGUGAAGACAAGUAUUUCAGACCCCCGUUAGGUAGAGAUGGUGGGGGACAUCUGUUAUAUUGGUUUUGUCAAGCAUUCCUCCCCUAAUAAAAGCCAAUCUGGCUUUUCUAGCUAGCUGUGUGUGUGUGUGUGUGUGUGUGUGUGUGUGUGUGUGUGUGCGUGUGUGAGAAUAUAUAAAAAAUAUAAAGUGUUGGUUUCAUGAGCUGAAAUAAAAGAUCCCAGAAAUGUUCCAUACACACAAAAAGCUUAUUUCUCUCAUUUUGUGCACAAAUUUGUUUACAUCCCUGUUAGUGAGAAUUUCUCCUUUGCCAAUAUAAUCCAUCCACCUGACAGGUGUGGCAGAAGCUUAUUAAACAGCAUGAUUACUAUACAGGUACUCCUUGUGCUGGGGACAAUAAAAGGCCACUCUAAAAUGUGCAAUUUUGUGACACAACACAAUGCCACAGAUGUCUGAAGUUGAGGGAGCAUGCAAUUGGCAUGCUGACUGCAGGAAUGUCCACCAGAGCUGCUGUCACAGAAUGUAAUGUUAAUUUCUCUACCAUAAGCCGCCUCCAACGUCAUUUUAAAGAAUUUGGUCUCAGAACCGCAGACCACGUGUAACCAUGCCAGCCCAGGACCUCCACAUCCGGCUUCUUUACCUGCGGGAUCGUCUGAGACCAGCCACACGGACAGCUGAUGAAACUGAGGAGUAUUUCUGUCUGUAAUAAAACCCUUUUGUGGGGAAAAACUCAUUCUGAUUGGCUGGGCCUGGUUCCCCCAGUGGCUGGGCCCGGCUCCCCCAGUGGCUGGGCCUAUGCCUUCCCAGGCCCACCCAUGGCUGAGCCCCUGACAAGUCAAGUGAAAGCCAUAAAUUAGGCCCUAAUGAAUUUAUUUAUAUUGACUGUUUUCCUUAUAUGGACUGUAAGUCAGUAAAAUCGUUAAAGUUGUUGCACCUUUUUAGCGUUUUUUAAAAAUAUUUUUGUUCAGUAUAUGUACAGUGCAUUCGGAAAGUAUUCAGACUCCUUGACUUUUUCCACAUUUUGUUACGUUACAGCCUUAUUCUAGAAUGGAUUAAAUCUCUCUGUACUUUGCUCCAUUCAUCUUUCCCUCAAGCCUGACUAGUCUCCCUGUCCCUGCCUCUGAAAAACAUCCCCACAGCAUGAUGCUGCCACCACCAUGCUUCACUGUAGCGAUGGUGCCAGGUUUCCUCCAGACGUUUCCUCCAAAGAGUUCAAUCUUGAUUUCAUCAGACCAGGGAAUCUUGUUUCUCAUGGUCUGAGAGUCCUUUAGGCAAACUCCAGGCAUGCUGUCAUUUGCCUUUUACUGAGGAGUGGCUUCCAUCUGGCCACUCUACAAUAAAGGUCUGAUUUGGUGGAGCGCUGCAAAGAUGGUUGUUCUUCUGGAAGGUUCUCCCAUCUCCACAGAGGAACUCUUCACUCUGUCAGAGUGACCAUCGGGUUCUUGGUCACCUCCCUGAACAAGGCCCUUCUCCCCCCGAUUGCUCAGUUUGGCCCGGCGGCCAGUUCUAGGAAGAGUCUUGGUGUUUCCAAACUUCUUCCAUUUAAGAAUGAUGGAGGCCACUGUGUUCUUGGGGACCUUUAAUGCUGCAGAAAUGUUUUUGGACCCUUCCCCUGAUCUGUGCCUCGACACAAUCCUGUCUCGGAGCGCUACGGACAAUCCCUUCGACCUCAUGGCUUGGUUUUUGCUCUGACAUGCACUGUCAACUGUGGGAUCUUAUAUAGACAGGUGUGUGCCUUUUCCAAAUAAUGUCCAAUCAAUUGAAUUUACCACAGGUGGACUCUAAUCAAGUUGUAUUUUUUAUUUGUUAUAAAAACCUGUUUUCGCUUUGUCAUUUUGGGGCAUUGUGUGUAGAUUGAGGAUUUAUUUUUAUUUCAUCCAUUUUAGAAUAAGGCUGUAAUGUAACAAAAUGUGGAAAAAGUAAAGCGGUCUAAAUACUUUCUGAAUGCACUGUAUGGAGUGAGGCAGUCCCACUCCUUUUUGUAUUUCCCCCCCUCAUCUAUUAGAUAGGACAGUGACUGACAGGAAAGGAAGGAGGAGAGGGUUUGCUAGAAUAGCAGUGGGUUGGAUUCGAAACCACACUCGCACAGGUACAUGUAUUCUGGAGGCACCAGCUUAGACUGCUAGACCACCCCAGGUCCACAAAGAACCUAUUUAAAUAUAUUCUUAUACUGUAUGUAAUUCUGUGCUCAGGCCACUGUGUUAACAAUGCUUUUUAUUUCUGUUGCUCUGCAGGGCACCAUCUCGGAGACUACCGGAACAUUCCUUUACUUGGUCAAUCUGACCACCCUCCUCUUUUUCCCAUCAGCCACUGUGCUCACGCUGACCUCCAUGACCCCAGGUGAGAUGGCCUGAUCAUGAUCACACACAUACACUUGCUUACACUGCAUGGCCAUAUAAAUAGGCCUAAUGUUUGUUAUCUGUGAGUAACAGUAGAUCUACUCCUUGACCUUAUCAAAAAUACUAAAUGCCCAUCUCAGAGGAUUUGUCCACUUCUAAAAUAGUGUUGUAAAGCUUGAUCAUAUCUAUUUUGUCUUGUGCAGUGGGUGGAGCCUUUGCCCUGGGUGUGUACACCAUCCUCUUCAUGAAGCUGUACUCGUAUAAGGACGUGAAUAUGUGGUGCAGAGAGAUUAGGCAUACCAAAGCCCGCACCUUGACCCGCUCCCAUUCAUGUGAGUACUCCUGACCAGGUGUCCCUCCACACUUUGCAUAAUCGAAUGAGUAAAGUACAAAUGGCAAAUAGUACAAACAAAGUAUACUGAACAGAAAUAUAAACACAACAUGUAAAGUGUUGGUCCCAUUUUCAUGAGCUGAAAUAAAAGAUCCCAGAAAUGUUCCAUACGCACAAAUAGCUUAUUGCUCUCAUUCUGUGCACAAAUUUGUUUACAUCUCUGUUAGUGAGCAUUUCUCCUUUGCCAAUAUAAUCCAUCCACCUGACAGUUGUGGCAUAUCAAGAAGCUAAUUAAACAGCAUGAUUAUUACACAGGUUCACUUUGUGCUGGGGACAAUAAAAGGCCACUCUAAAAUGUGCAGUUUUGUCUCACAACACAAUGCCACAGAUGUCUCAAGUUUUGAGGGAGCGUGCAAUUGGCAUUCUGACUGCAGGAAUGUCCGCCAGCGCUGUUGCCAGAUAAUUAAAUGUUCAUUUAUCUACCAUAAGCCGACUCCAACGUCAUUUUAGAGAAUUUGGCAGUACGUCCAACCGGCCUCACAACCACAGACCAUGUGUAACCACGCCAGCGCAGGUCCUCCACAUCCGGCUUCUUCACCUGCGGGAUCGUCUGGGACCAGCUACCCGGACAGCUUAUGAAACUGGGUUUGCACAACCAAAGAAUAUCUGCACAAACUGUCAGAAACCAUCUCAGGAAAAGCUCAUCUGCGUGCUCGUCAUCCUCACCAGGUUCUUGCGUCCUAAUAAAUGUAUUUCAAUUGACAGAUUUUUCUUAUGAACUGUAAUUCAGACAAAUCUUUGAAAUUGUUGCAUGUUGCGUUUUUAUAUUUUUGUUAAGUGUACAAAUGGCAGCAACUAAAAUAAAGAGGUGCUAAGGCCGCCAUCUUUGUACAGCCUCCUGAGAAAAAUAUCAACAUUGUCUGUCCUGGUUGAUGGUAUUUGAUCUUUACUCCAGUGCAGGUGUAAUGAUGUGAAAACUGGUUAGCAUCUCCAAAUUAGCAUGUUGACAGACACACACACACACACACACACACACAUAUGGGUCUUCUCUCCAUUUGCGCCCUCUCAGUAACACAGAUGCUGCCCAAGAUCUGAUUGGCUGUCCCAGGACUCGUAUAAUUACUCUGACCUCCCCAAAAUGCUUGUGAAGUGAGGGGAAAUGUACAGGUAUUUAAUGAGCUGUAUGACUCAUUGCUGUAUGAGUAACUUCUUUGGCUGGGUUGUUUACUGUGAAAAGCUUUCAGAGUUUGUUUAAAUAUGUUUAUUUUGCCCCCUGAAUAAAUACGAACGCGCGCGCACACACAGAUUAGAUGCACCCUCAUACAGCAAUGUCCCACUUUCUGAAACGUUACUGUGCUGCCAUCUCCAUCUACUGGUUGUAUAGAAGUACUGCAGUCAGAAAUAAUCUGUCUUGUCCAUCCACAUGUUUUGUGUCCCCAUAGGUCCAUCAGUCGCCCAGUCCAAUGGGUCAGCUGUACACGCUCAUGUGUCCUACCCUGAGAAUCUCACACACAGAGGUCAGAACAGAAAGAGAUACUGAACUUUAUGAGCAUGACUAGUAGCUGUUUAGAAUUAAGUUCAAUUAAAUCCAUACCGAUUUAUACAUUUGUACAUACAAAAUUGUUAUUUCAAAAGACUAUGUACAAUGAAUUAAUUACUUUAAUGUGUUUUUUUUUUUUUACUGUCCUCCCUCCAUAGAUAUAUAUUAUUUUGUGUUCGCCCCAACUCUCUGCUAUGAGCUGAACUUCCCCCGGUCAGCACGGAUACGCAAGAGCUUCCUGCUCAGGAGACUCUUUGAGAUGGUGAGGUCAAAUAUCACAUAAGGAAAACAGAGCGACCUGGGAAUGUGCAAUUUGCAUGCACCCUAAAUAAACAACAUACUGUAUAUGUAAAUGCCUUUUAAAAUCUAAAAACAUGAUCUGAAAUCUUUUCCAGCUGUUCUUCAUACAGUUACUGAUUGGAUUGGUACAACAGGUAUGUUCAUUAUGUGCUGCCGUCCAUGCUGACAUUACCUUGGUUAAUAUUUGGUUUAUUUUCACUCGUCAAACGAGUACAGCUCAAUUGGUCCUCUGUAGCUCAAUUGGUAGAGCAUGGCGCUUAUAACGCCAGGGUAGUGGGUUCGAUCCCCGGGACCACCCAUACGUAAAAAUUUAUGCACACAUGACUAAGUCGCUUUGGAUAAAAGCGUCUGCUAAAUGGCUUAUUAUUAUUAUUAUUAUUAUUAUUAUUAUUAUUAUAUUAUUACAUUUGAUUAAUGGGUGGCUUUAUUAUCCGAAGUAACAAGAUACACUUUAAUGUUUAAACUAAGGUAGAGUCAGCAAAAUGACGUUGCAAGAGCAGCACCGCAGAUAUUGCGAUGCGCAAGAUCCAAGACUUAGCUCUUUGUUCUCACACAGUCACAGUGCACGGGUUCGCUUCACGCUCUUAUGUGGUAGCCACGGGACCAAAACAGCGGAGAAGUUGAGCCUCACGCGCCAACGCUUAGUUGUUGUGGAAAUUGACCCACUACUGUUUACUUUGUACAUCUGCGUCAUAUCGCUGUGUCUACCUUUUAACCUUGCCUCACAAAAACCUUUAAUCAUGUUUCUUUCAGUGGAUGGUGCCGACUAUUCAGAAUUCCAUGAAACCAUUCCAGGUAAAUAUUAAUGUCUUUCGUCUCUUAGACUUUUGUCCAUUGGACUUUCCCAUUUCUCUGUGCUUAAGGGUGACUUUGUUUCAUGUACCCUAUGGCAGGAUAUGGACUUUUCCAGAAUGAUGGAGCGCAUGCUGAAACUGGCUGUGAGUACAAAUAAAGACAUUACCUAAACCGAUGUCUCCAUACAAACCUAACACUUAAUCCAUUUUAUUUCAUGUUUCGCAUUUGUCAUAUUUUCCCAUCAAAACGAUAUGUUGGUUCACCAUACAUACAUCAUGAGCCAUUUUCCCAUACACACAAAGCCAAGUCCAGGACUGAAAAUACUUUCUCAAUAUACACUGAGUGUACAAAACAUUAGGAACACCUGCUCUUUCCAUGAGACUGACCAGGUGAAUCCAGGUGAAAGCUAUGGUCCCGUAUUGAUGUCACCUGUUAAAUCCACUUCAAUCAGUGUAGAUGAAGGGUAGGAGACAGGUUAAAGAAGGAUUUUUAAGCCUUGAGACAUUGAUUGUGUAUGUGUGCCAUUCAGAGAGUGAAUGGGCAAGACAAACUUUUUUUCAAAGUGCCUUUGAAUGGGGUAUGGUAGUAGUUGCCAGGUGCACCGGUUUGAGAGUCAAGAACUGCAACGUUGCUGUUUUUUUAACGCUCAACAGCUUCCUGUGUGGAACUCAAUAUUAGGAAGGUGUUCUUAAUGGGGGUUUUUACACUCGGUAUGUAUGUACUGCAUCAGUGUUUCUUAGUCCAAGACCAGGCUUAAUUUGUGUUUGGGAAACCGGCCCUAUAACUAAAAAGAUAUAGAGUGCAUUCGGAAAGUAUUCAGACCCCUUCACAUUUUCCAUAUUCUGUUACGUUACAGCCUUGUUCUAAAAUUGAUUAAAUUGUUUUUUCCUCCUCAAUCUACACACAAUACCCCAUAAUGUCAAUGCAAAAACAGUUUAGAAAUGUUUGCAAAUUUAUAAAAAAUCAACAAAAAGGAAAUAUGACAUUUACGUAAGUAUUCAGACCCUUUCUUUACUCAGUACUUUGUUGAAGCACCUUUGGCAGCAAUUACAGCCUCAAGUUUUCUUGGGUAUGACGCUCCCAUUCUUCUCUGCAGAUCCUCUCAAGCUCUGUCAUGUUGGAUGGGGAGCGUUGCUGCACAGCUAUUUUCAGGUCUCUCCAGAGAUGUUCAAUCGGCUUCAAGUCCGGGCUCUGGCUGGGCCACUCAAGGACAUUCAGAAACUUGUCCCGAAGCCACUCCUGCGUUGUCUUGGCUGUUUGCUUAGGGUCGUUGUCCUGUUGGAAGGUGAACCUUCGCCCCAGUCUGAAGUCCUGAGCGCUCUGGAGCAGGUUUUCAUUAAGGAUCUCUCUGUACUUUGCUCUGUUCAUCUUUCCCUCGAUCCUGACUAGUCUCCCUGCCGCUGAAAAACAUCCCCACAGCAUGAUGAUGCUGCCACCACCAUGCUUCACCGUAGGGAUGGUGCCAAGUUUCCUCCAGACGUGAUGCUUGGCAUUCAGGCCAAAGAGUUCAAUCUUGGUUUCAUCAGACCAGGGAAUCUUGUUUCUCAUGGUCAGAGUCCUAAGGUGCCUUUUGGCAAACUCCAAGCGGGCUGUCCUGUGCCUUUUUACUGAGGAGUGACUUCCGUCUGGCCACUCUACCAUAAAGGCCUGAUUGGUGGAGUGCUGCAGAGAUGGUUGUCCUUCUGGAAGGUUCUCCCAUCUCCACAGAAGAACUCUGGAGCUCUGUCAGAGUGACCAUCGGGUUCUUAGUCACCUCCCUGACCAAGGUCCUUCUUCCCCGAUUGCUCAGUUUGGCCGGGCAGCUCAAGGAAGAGUCUUGGUGGUUCCAAAGUUCUUCCAUUUGAGAAUGAUUGAGGCCACUGUGUUCUUGGGGACCUUCAAUGCUGCAGAAAUGUUUUGGUACCCUUACCCAGAUCUGUGCCUCGACACAAUCCUGUCUCGGCGCUCUACGGACAAUUCCUUUGACCUCAUGGCAUGGUUUUUGCUCUGACAUGCACUGUCAACUGUGGGACCUUGUAUAGACAGGUGUGUGCCUUUCCAAAUCAUGUCCAAUCAAUGAAUUUACCACAGGUGGACUCCAAUCAAGUUGUAGAAACAUCUCAAGGAUGAUCAAUGGAAACAGGAUGCACAUGAGCUCAACUUCGAGUCUCCUAGGAAAGGGUUUGAAUACUUAUUUAAAUAAGGUAUUUCAGUUUAUUUGUAAAAAACCUGUUUUCGCUUUGUCAUUAUGGGGUAUUGUGUGUAGAUUACGGAAAAAACUGUUUUAAUCCAUUUUAGAAUAAGGCUGUAACGUCACAAAGUGGAAAAAGUGAAGGGCUCUAAAUACUUUCCGAUUGCACUGUACAUGUCCAGACUGUCUAAUGGCACAAGGCUUUCCCUCCUCUCCCCUCUACCCCAACAGGUUCCCAAUCAUUUAAUCUGGCUCAUCUUUUUCUAUUGGUUUUUCCACUCUUCCAUGAACUUCGUAGCUGAGCUGAUGCGGUUCGGCGACAGGGAGUUUUACCAGGACUGGUGGUAAGUGGAUGAUGAUUCCCAGUUAGCCUUGUAUUUUGUUUUGUUCGUGCAGUGAUAACAUGCAAAUUGUGCCAUCUGUUUGGGUUACGUGUAGUGCUAGAUAUAAUGGUAAAAUAGCUUAGUCAAAACUGUUCUAAAUAAAGGAUUUUUUUACUUCAAGAGCGAGGCUGCCCUACUUCUCCUUUCCCUCCAUAUGUACAGUAGUGACUAGAUAUUGAACUGCAACUUUGUCUCUGAGUGAGUCACUUGUUGUUUUGUAGGAACUCUGAAACUGUCACUUACUUCUGGUCUAACUGGAACAUUCCUGUGCACAAGUGGUGCCUCCGGUGAGUAGGAGUUGAAGAAAUAACAUUGUGAUUGGAACAAUACCACCACCUACAGCACUGACUUUAUGGCAGCAUGUGUGUUCUAGCAUACAGUAAAGGUCAAAGGUUUGGACACACCUACUCAUUCAACGGUUUUUCUUUAUUUUUACUAUUUUUUUUACAUUGUAGAAUAACAGUGAAGACAUCAAAACUAUGAAAUAACACAUAUGGAAUCAUGUAGUAACCAAAAACGUGUUAAACAAAUCAAAAUAUAUUUGAGAUUCUUCAAAUAGCCACCCUUUGCCUUGAUGACAGCUUUGCACACUCUUGGCAUUCUCUCAAACAGCUUCACCUGGAAUGCUUUUCCAACAGUCUUGAAGGAGUUCCCACAUACAGUGAGGGGGAAAAAAGUAUUUGAUCCCCUGCUGAUUUUGUACGUUUGCCCACUGACAAAGACAUGAUCAGUCUAUAAUUUUAAUGGUAGGUUUAUUUGAACAGUGAGAGACAGAAUAACAACAAAUAAAUCCAGAAAAACGCAUGUAAAAAAUGAAAUAAAUUGAUUUGCAUUUUAAUGAGGGAAAUAAGUAUUUGACCCCUCUGCAAAACAUGACUUAGUACUUGGUGGCAAAACCCUUUUUGGCAAUCACAGAGGUCAGACGUGUCUUGUAGUUGGCCACCAGGAGGGAUUUUGUUCCACUCCUCUUUGCAGAUCUUCUCCAAGUCAUUAAGGUUUCGAGGCUGACGUUUGGCAACUCGAACCUUCAGCUCCCUCCACAGAUUUUCUAUGGGAUUAAGCUCUGGAGACUGGCUGCUUCUUCUUGAGCCACUCCUUUGUUGCCUUGGCCGUGUGUUUUGGGUCAUUGUCAUGCUGGAAUACCCAUCCACGUCCCAUUUUUCAAUGCCCUGGCUGAGGGAAGGAGGUUCUCACCCAAGAUUUGACGGUACAUGGCCCCGUCCAUCGUCCCUUUGAUGCGGUGAAGUUGUCCUGUCCCCUUAGCAGAAAAACACCCCCAAAGCAUAAUGUUUCCACCUCCAUGUUUGACGGUGGGGAUGGUGUUCUUGGGGUCAUAGGCAGCAUUCCUCCUCCUCCAAACACUGCGAGUUGAGUUGAUGCCAAAGAGCUCCAUUUUGGUCUCAUCUGACCACAACACUUUCACCCAGUUCUCCUUUGAAUCAUUCAGAUGUUCAUUGGCAAACUUCACACGGCCCUGUAUAUGUGCUUUCUUGAGCAGGGGGACCUUGCGUGCGCUGCAGGAUUUCAGUCCUUCACGGCGUAGUGUGUUACCAAUUGUUUUCUUGGUGACUAUGGUCCCAGCUGCCUUGAGAUCAUUGACAAGAUCCUCCCGUGUAGUUCUGGGCUGAUUCCUCACCAUUCUCAUGAUCAUUGCAUCUCCACGAGGUGAGAUCUUGCAUGGAGCCCCAGGCCGAGGGAGAUUGACAGUUAUUUUGUGUUUGUUCCAUUUGCGAAUAAUCUGUUGUCACCUUCUCACCAAGCUGCUUGGCGAUGGUCUUGUAGCCCAUUCCAGCCUUGUGUAGGUCUGCAAUCUUGUCCCUGACAUCCUUGGAGAGCUCUUUAGUCUUGGCCAUGGUGGAGAGUUUGGAAUCUGAUUGAUUGCUUCUAUGGACAGGUGUCUUUUUAUACAAGUAACAAGCUGAGAUUAGGAGCACUCCCUUUAAGAGUGUGCUCCUAAUCUCAGCUCGUUACCUGUAUAAAAGACACCUGGGAUUCUGAUUGAGAGGGGGUCAAAUACUUAUUUCCCUCAUUAAAAUGCAAAUAAAUGUAACAUUUUUGACAUGCGUUUUUCUGGAUUUUUUUGUUGUUAUUCUGUCUCUCACUGUUCAAAUAAACCUACCAUUAAAAUUAUAGACUGAUCAUUUCUUUGUCAUUGGGCAAACGUACAAAAUCAGCAGGGGAUCAAAUACUUUUUUCCCUCACUGUAUGCUUAGCACUUGUUGGCUGCUUUUCCUUCACUCUGCCGUCCGACUCAUCCCAAACCAUCUCAAUUGGGUUGAGGUCGGGGGAUUGUGGAGGCCAGGUCAUCUGAUGCAGCACUCCAUCACUCUCCUUCUUGGUAAAAUAGCCCUUACACAACCUGGAGGUGUGUUGGGUCAUUGUCCUGUUGAAAAACAAAUGAUAGUCCCACUAAGCCCAAACCAGACGGGAUGGCGUAUCACUGUGGUAGCCAUUCUGGUUAAGUGUGCCUUGAAAUCUAAAUAACUCACAGACAGUGUCACCAGCAAAGCACCCCCACACCAUAACACCUCCUCCUCCAUGCUUUACGGUGGGAACAACACAUGCGGAGAUCAUCCGUUCACCCACACCGAGUCUCACAAAGACACAGCGGUUUGAACCAGAAAUCUCAAAUUUGGACUACAGACCAAAGGACAAAUGUCCAUUGCUCGUGUUUCUUGGCCCAAGCAAGUCUCUUCUCCAUAUUGGCGUCCUUUAGUAGUGGUUUCUUUGCAGCAAUCGACCUUGAAGGCCUGAUUCACACAGUCCCCUCUGAACAGUUGAUGUUGAGAUGUGUCUGUGACUUGAACUCUGUGAAGCAUUUAUUUGGGCUGCAAUUUCUGAGGCUGGUAACUCUAAUGAACUUAUCCUCUGCAGCAGAGGUAACUCUGGGUCUUCCAUUCCUGUGGCGGUCCUCAUGAGAGCCAGUUUCAUCAAAGCGCUUGAUGGUUUUUGCGACUGCACUUUAAGAAAUUGUCAAAGUUCUUGAAAUUUUCCAGAUUGACUGACCUUCAUGUCUUAAAAUAAUGAUGGACUGUCGUUUCUCUUUGCUUAUUUGAGCUGUUCUUGCCAUAAUAUGGACUUGGUCUUUUACCAAAUAGGGCUAUCUUCUGUAUACCCCCCUACCUUGUCACAACACAAUUAAUUGGCUCAAACGCAUUAAGAAGGAAAGAAAUUCCACAAAUUAACUUUUAAGGCGGCACACGUUAAUUGAAUUGCAUUCCAGGUGACUAGUGGGUUCGAUCCCCGGGACCACCCAUACUUUAAAAUGUAUGCACGCAUGAUUAAGUCGCUUUGGAUAAAAGCGUCUGCUAAAUGGCAUUAUUAUUAUUACCUCAUGAAGCUGGUUGAGAGAAUGCCAAAAGUGUGCAAAGCUGUCAAGGCAAAGGGUGCCUAUUUGUUAAACACUUUUUUGGGGUACUACAUGAUUCUAUAGUUUUGAUGUCUUCACUAUUAUUCUACAAUGUAAAAAUAAAGAAAAACCAUUGAAUGAGUAGGUGUCCAAACUUUUGACUGGUAGUGUGUGUGUGUGGGUGUGGUGAAUUGUCUACAGUAAGUGCUGUAACCUUGUGACAUUAUAAUGGCUUGUUUUUAAGAUGGCUAUAAAGGACGCUCUUGGUUAUUGUCUACAGUUUCCAACUAAUAAAUGAUUUAUUUUCAUCUCUUGUAUUUACAGCCACUUUUACAAGCCUCUCUUGAGGAGAGGUGUGAAUAAGUGGGUCGCCAAGACGGCCAUCUUCCUGGUCUCCGCCUUCUUUCACGAGGUUUGUGUGGUUGGCUGUGAUUUGUGAUGCCAUCGAACACUCUGGGCGUGUUCAACAUUGCAGCCGACCAGUGCAGGCGACUGCCGACUGACUGAUCUACAUAAAUAUCUACUCCAUAUUAUUUGUAGAUCAGUCAGUCACAAUUUACCCAUGAUAUAUAUUAUGGUUUUGAUCCUCUCCAACACGGCCACUGACUCAUAGUUUCACCCUUGACUUAAUCUGAUCUUGUACAUGUCAGUGUUUUUAAAGGCUGCAUCAUUUGAUAAUCUUCCUCCCUCUCUUUUCAGUACUUGGUGAGUGUUCCUCUGAAAAUGUUCCGACUGUGGGCAUUCAUGGGCAUGAUGUCUCAGGUCAGACAACAUUUCCUUCUAAAAACAAAAUGUAUUUUCAUAAUCAAACAUUGGGUUUGACAUGUUCCUCUGUUAAUGGUUAUACGCACAUUUUAAAGUAAGUGGUUUUAGAUUUAUCAGUGUUUCCGCCUCAACUUUUCUUUCAGAUUCCACUCGCCUGGUUCGUCGGCCGCUUCCUGAGAGGUAACUAUGGCAAUGCGGCAGUCUGGAUCUCGCUCAUCAUUGGUCAGCCCAUCGCCGUGCUGAUGUACGUCCACGACUUCUACGUAUUACAUUACGUGUCACAAUCGUGAGCAGUUGGCCACAAGCAGAGGAGCAAUACAUCAUGCUAAAUAAGGAAAAAUUGAAUGUGAAUGUUUAUUUUGAAAGGGAAAUGUUUUUUAUAUGAAGCUCGACUGUUUAGUAAGAAUGUACUACGAAAAGGUUUUUGGCCUCCAGAUGCCAUUUCUCUAAUGCACUGAUACACUCCAGAGACACUUGGCUCCUGUCCUGUCAUGUGCAAUUGUUGUGAAACACUUCCCUGCCAAAGAGAACAUUUGUAUGCCUUUUCUGUUUCUUACUUAGUCUACAACUGUGAGGAUCAAUGCAAACAACCCUAUAUAUAUAUAAACCUGACUAUCAAUGUGCUCUCUAUUGUCAUGCAUUUGACACGUUUCUUGCCUUUGAUUAUUUAAUGAUCUGAGUAUUAAGUUGUGUAUUUUAUUUCAUGUGGCUGCAGUAAUAACCAGUCACAUGUUUGGGUGAACUACCCCCUUAAUCUGUGUAAUGUGUUUGCACUAAAAUGCAUGGUGUUUUCCAAGAAAUAUACAAGUGCUCUUUGAAUGUAUCAGCUAAAGGACCAACAUGGUCCUUGUAAAAUAAGUUGUUUUAUUUGCCAAUAUUGACAUCCCAUUAUAAAUAAAUGGUGAUCCAAACAGUAACAACCAUAGAAAAACAAUAUUGAUUUUAACCAACAUUAUGCAUUUAUCCCUUGAUUCCAUUCCAUACCUUUUGCACUUCAAUUAACCUUUUUUGUCACUAGUAUACUAUAGCUGUUGUCUAGUUUAGCCCUCUCAACCCUUUAUGGGUUCAAUAUGAAAUUUGUCUAUACAUGCCUUUUCAGCAAAUAUCCUACUCGUGCCUGACAUUGCUACAUGAGCCACAAACCAAAUCGAGCCUGCAUUUCACUUUUGUUUUACUUACUCCAAAGUGCUUAGUAUCUUUUUUUUUUAGCUUGUAUUUUCAUGUAUUGUAGGAAAUAAAUAUUGGUUGAGUUCAGUUUCUUUCUGUACAAAUUGUUUUCAUUCAGGACUGUUGUACGAAAUAAUGCUUCAAUCCUCACCAAGUGUUAAAAUGGAAUGUAUGAUUUUGUUCAUUUACAAUUUCAACCCAAGUGUGUUUGAAGGGUAGGUAAUAGGUAUUUUUAAAGCCUCUCAACAAAAUGUGACAUUUGAUAAAGGUUUGUUUAUAUUGUAAUUCAACUUCAGAUCUAUUUUAAGCCCCAUCUAGUGGGUGAUAUUUUUCCAGAACAGUCGGAUUGGGUAUGUAAGUGAGGGCAGGAUGUUUUCUAUGAACAUGGCGUGUGUUUUGUGAUAUUUUUUCUUAUACUUUCAUCUUGUUCUCUGUGCUAAGAGUUUUGUAACAUUAGAUACAGUACUUAACUGCUGUCACUGCACUGAGCUCCUCAUUGGCAUCUACUGCACAAGUUAAAUAAAAUCCUGCCUGUGUAACUGGAA